AUGUCCGUCGACGUCCCUCCUGCUCAAGCUGAUGAUGAGUUCUGGCUGUUUGGAUACGGAAGUUUGAUCUGGAAACCUCCACCUCACUUUGAUAGGCGAAUCCCAGGCUGGGUGACAGGCUAUGUCCGGAGGUUCUGGCAGGCAAGCGAAGACCACCGCGGCACUCCCGAAGCCCCAGGGCGCGUCGUCACCCUCAUCUCGCGCUCCUACUGGGAGCAGCUGACCGACCACCACGGCUCAGCCCCCAACAAGGUCUGGGGCGUCGCAUACCGCAUCAAGCCCGAUCGCGUUGCCGAGGUGAAAGAGUACCUCGACAUCCGCGAGAUCAACGGGUACACGAUCCACUACACGCCCUUCCACCCGGCCAGGGGCGGCGAGCCCAUCCAGACGCUCGUCUACAUCGGCACGCCCGACAACGAGCAGUUUGUCGGGCCGCAGGACCCGCAGGCGCUCGCCGAGCACAUCUACCGCAGCGCCGGGCCGAGCGGCCUCAACCGGGACUACCUGUGGGGCCUGGAGGCGGCCCUGGACGAGCUCAGCCCGGAGAGCGGCGAUGAGCACGUCACGGACCUGUCGAACCGAGUGCGGGCGAUCGCAGCGCGUGACGAGAAGGAAAAGGAGAGGGAGCAAAUCGGCCUCCAGGCCGCCACCGUUGGUCCGGAACAGGUGCUACGCCGGGAGCAGCAGCAUCAUGAACAGACUCACGACUUCAGAAGAGGCAGCAGCAUAGACGAGCAGGAAGAGACAGAGAAGACUUCGCGAUGA